AUGGGAAAUAAACGAAAAGCAUCUGCACUUCAGCAGCAACCUCGGUCAACAACAACCACAGCAGCGGCCAAUAAUGACUUGCUUUCCAAGAAGGAGGAACAAAAAUCACAAGAGGUCCUGUUAGCCGAUCAACCCUCCAGCAAAAAAUGGCGCAAUUGGUGGAUACGCACGGUCACUACAUUUAUGAUGAUUGGUGCCUUUUUUACUAUUCUCGCUUCAGGCCAUUUGUGGGUGAUUCUUAUGACAAUGACGAUUCAAACCGUGGUAUUUGGUGAAGUCAUCUUGAUCGCUCAAGGUCCAGCCAAAGAAAGACAAAUGCGUUGGUACAAGACUAUCAGUUGGUACUUUUUUGUCACCGCCAUGUAUUAUCUGCAUGGAGAAUCCAUCAUUUACUACUUUCAACAAAUCAUCCUUGUCGAUGCCUUCUUAUUGCCUUUUGCAACCCAUCAUCGCUUCAUCAGCUUUAUGCUUUACGUCAUUGGCUUUGUUUUCUUUGUGGGAAAUCUACGAAAGGGUCUUUACAAGCGCCAAUUCGCACAAUUUGGAUGGACACACAUGGCCCUUAUUCUCAUUGUUGUUCAAAGCCAUUUUAUUGUAAACAACAUCCUCGAGGGGUUGAUCUGGUUUGUACUACCCGUGUCAUUGGUCAUUUGCAACGACAUCUUUGCCUACGUGUGCGGUUUCUUUUGGGGCAGAACACAACUCAUCCAACUUAGCCCAAAGAAAACAGUGGAAGGCUUUUUGGGAGCUUGGCUAUGCACCAUGGUGUUUGGAUUUGCUUGGGUGACCUUGCUUAUGCAGUUUGACUAUAUGGUGUGCCCGGUCAAGGAUUUGGGAACAACUGCAUGGACUGCUGGCGUUUGUGAACACAAGAACCCCGUUUUCACUGCCGUCGCAUAUGAUGUACCUGCAGUAUUGUCUGAUAUUGCUGCUUCCUUGAAUGUAACCAAGAUUUAUAUUGCACCAGUGCAAUUACAUACGUUGGUGAUGGCUUGUUUUGCUUCAUUGAUUGCGCCUUUUGGUGGCUUCUUUGCCAGCGGUCUCAAGCGUGCAUUCAAUAUCAAGGACUUCGGUCAAAGCAUUCCUGGUCACGGAGGCAUGACUGAUCGUAUGGAUUGUCAAUUCCUGAUGGGCUUGUUUGCAUCCAUUUAUUAUCAAAGUUUUAUCAAGAACCAUAUCCAUUCGGUUGGGGGAAUCUUAGCCACGAUCAUUGGAAGUCUUACUUUGAAUGAGCAAUUGGAGCUUCUUGAACGGCAACUCACCUUCUUUGUGAACCAGGGUGUGUUGGAUCCAAGCGUAUUAGAGAAAUGUGUGAGUAGCGCAUUGACUGAAAAUGCACGAGUCAUCUUGGGACAAUAA